AUGAGCGGCGGCAAGGAUGCGAUUGCCUCGGAGCAUGUCUCCGGACAGUCCAACAAGCCCAUGUCGGCUCCGGCCCACGCUCUCACCAUCGAACAAGCCGUCCAGGAGCUCAAGGCCAAUGUUGAGAUUGGUCUCAGCACCGAAGAGGCGAAAACCCGCUUGGCCGAGUAUGGCCGCAACGAGUUUGGCGAGCAAAAAGGCGUCCAGCCGGUCAAGAUUUUGAUCGGCCAGAUCGCCAACGCCUUGACUCUGGUACUCAUACUCGCCAUGGCAGCCUCGUUUGGCAUCCAAUCGUGGAUUGAGGGAGGCGUCAUUUCCGCCGUCAUCGUUUUGAACAUUGUUGUCGGCUUCUUCCAGGAGCUCAAGGCCGCAAAGACCAUGGACUCGUUGCGGUCCCUCAGCUCUCCCACGGCCCAGGCCAUCCGGAACGGCAACAAUGAAACCGUCGUCACGGCCGAGAUUGUGCCCGGCGAUGUCGUCGAGGUCAAGACGGGCGAUACCAUUCCCGCCGACAUGAGGCUCGUCGAAGCCGUAAACUUUGAGACCAACGAAGCGCUCCUGACGGGGGAGUCUCUUCCGGUACGCAAGGAGACUGCUCCGACGUACGCAAACGACACGGGGCCCGGUGAUCGCCUCAACGUCGCCUACAGCUCCUCCACCGUGACCAAGGGCCGUGCCCGAGGCGUCGUGUUCGCCACGGGGCUCUCAACCGAAAUUGGCCAGAUCGCUGCCGCCCUUCGAGGCAAGUCUUCUCGUCGACGUGAGCCCAAGCGCCGCGAGGACGGCACGACCCAUUUCGGCCGGUGGCUCCAAGCCUGGACCCUGACCUUUUCCGAUGCCGUCGGCCGCUUCCUCGGCGUCAACGUGGGAACGCCGCUGCAAAGGAAGCUCUCCAAGCUCGCGCUGCUGCUUCUCGGCGCGGCCGUUGUCUGCGCCAUCAUCGUGCUCGCCGCCAACAAGUUCGACGCCGAUCAGGAAGUCAUCAUUUACGCCGUCGCCACGGGUCUUUCCAUGAUCCCCGCCUCCCUCAUCGUCGUCUUGACCAUCACCAUGGCGGCUGGCACGAAGCGCAUGGUGCAGCGUCACGUCAUCGUGCGCAACCUGAAGAGCCUCGAAGCCCUCGGCGCGGUUUCUAACAUUUGCUCGGACAAGACGGGCACCCUCACCCAGGGCACCAUGGUUGUCAGGAAGGCCUGGAUUCCCGGCCGCGGCACCUACUCGGUCGGCACCACGAGCGAACCCUUCAACCCGACCCUCGGGCACCUCGGCCUCGACAAGGCGCAGCCCAAGGAUAUCAGCGUCCGCGGCGCAGAAGCCGAUGGCGAAGCCGUGCACGGCCCGGGGCUCGUGGCCACGGAUGCCGCUCUCCGGGCCUAUCUCAACGUCGCCUCGCUCGCCAAUCUCGCCUCGGUGAACCAAGUGGACGGUGAAUGGCGCGGACGAGGUGACCCGACCGAGGUCGCCAUGCAAGUGUUUGCCACUCGGUUCGACUGGAACCGCCUCCGCCUGUCCGCGGGCGAGUCGGCGCCGUGGCGGCAGAUUGCUGAGUUUCCCUUUGACUCGGACGUGAAGAAGAUGUCCGUCAUUUUCGAGAAGCAGGAGAGCGAAAAGCAAUACGUCUUCACCAAGGGUGCCGUCGAGCGCGUCCUCGCCUCGUGUCCCCGCUUCGCCGACGGCGACGAGAUCAAGGACCUCGGCGAGAGCACGAGGUCCGACGUCCUGGCCAACAUGGAAGCCAUGGCCCGCCUCGGCCUCCGCGUCCUCGCGCUCGCCGACAGGGAAGACGCCCGCCGCGUCGCCGUCAACGAGGCCGAGCUCGAGCGGGGAGAGUUUGAGAGGGAUCUCGUCUUCCGCGGCCUCAUCGGACUGUACGAUCCUCCGCGGCCCGAGUCGGCUCCGUCGGUCAAGAUGUGUCACGAAGCCGGCAUCAGCGUGCACAUGCUGACGGGUGACCAUCCCGAGACGGCGCGUGCCAUCGCGCUCGAGGUCGGCAUCCUGCCGUCGCGAAUGAACGAGAUCGCCGCCGACGUGGCGAAGACGAUGGUGAUGACGGCCUCCGACUUUGACAAGCUGACGGACCAGGAGAUUGAUGAAAUCCCCCACCUUCCUCUCGUCGUUGCCCGGUGCGCUCCGCAGACAAAGGUGCGCAUGAUCGAAGCCCUCCACCGCCGCAAGGCCUUUGUCGCCAUGACGGGAGACGGCGUCAACGACUCGCCGAGCCUCAAACGGGCGGAUGUCGGCAUCGCCAUGGGCCUCGCCGGCUCCGACGUGGCCAAGGAAGCGUCGGACAUUGUGCUGAUGGACGACAACUUCGCCUCGAUCCUCAACGCCGUCGAGGAAGGCCGACGGAUGUUUGACAACAUCCAAAAGUUCAUCCUUCACGUCUUGGCCGAGAACAUCGCGCAGGCCUGCACCCUGCUCAUCGGGCUCGCCUUCAAGGAUCGCCGCGGCCUCUCCGUCUUCCCGCUGGCGCCGGUGGAGAUUCUCUGGAUCAUCAUGAUCACCUCGGGCAUGCCCGACAUGGGCCUCGGGUUCGAGAUUGCCGCGCCGGACAUCCUGCAGCGACCGCCUCAGAAUCUGAAGCAAGGCGUCUUCACGCCCGAGCUUCUCGUGGACAUGGUCGUCUACGGCCUUUGGAUGUCGGCGCUGUGCCUCUCGUCAUUUGUCCUCGUCCUGUACGGCUUUGGCAACGGCGCGGCCGACAUUGGCGACAACUGCAACAACGCGUACUCGGAGGAGUGCAAGGUCGUCUUCCGGGCGCGCGCCACGACGUUUGCCUGCCUCACGUGGUUCGCCCUCUUCCUCGCGUGGGAGAUGGUCAACCUGCGCCGGUCGUUUUUCCGGAUGCAGCCGAAGAGCAAGAAGCACUUGACGCAGUGGAUGACGGACGCAUGGCGCAACCAGUUCCUGUUCUGGGCCAUCGUCGCGGGCUUCGUCACCAUGUUCCCGAUCCUCUACAUCCCGGGCCUCAACACGGUCGUCUUCAAGCACGCCGGCAUCAGCUGGGAGUGGGGCAUCGUUUUCGUCGAGUCGGUGCUGUUCUUUCUCGGCAUCGAGGGGUGGAAGUGGGCGAAGAGAAUCUACUUUCGGCGCCGGGCAAGGCAGGCCGGUCGGUUCAAGGCCGAUCUCCACACGCGCGUCUUCGGCCGCUACUUCCACGAGGCCGACUUCAGCGGCGACGAGGAGGCGGCCACCAUGACCGAGAGCGAGAAGACGGGCCGCGGAACGGGCGUCGGCGAGAUGGACGAGAAGGCUCGAUGA